AUGGCAGUAGCCUGUCCCAAAGAUGUCCCUGUGGAGUCCAGACAAGCAGGCCGGGUGGCUGGGGACGUCCACGGUGCCCCUGCAGCGCCCCCUUUGCAGACAGCCCGGGCCUCUGGACAGACCCUUGGCCCUGCCAGGCUCUCUGGGCGACCCAGGUCUGCCUUGCGGAGCUCAGGAGAGGCGAGAGGUGGGGCCCAAGGAGGCCGGGUGGCCGCUGCGGUCACAGGUCCCGCGCUCCCCCAGGGCUCCCCUCCCGCCCGUAGGCCGCCCACCGUGCCCCCUCACCCUUGCCCGCUGCGCUGUCUCUUCUCAGCCCCCGGGGCCCAGCAGUUCUGCUUCCUGCUGUCCACCCGGGCGGGUGGCCUGGGCAUCAACCUGGCCACGGCGGACACGGUCAUCAUCUACGACUCAGACUGGAAUCCGCACAACGACAUACAGGUCUGUGGCCCUGACUCCGGCUCUCUGGGGCCCGCCCGCCGCUGGCUCUGGGCUUUUCCUCCUCUUCCUCCCUCUGCCAGAUUGUCAGGGCUCACCCCGACCCCCGGCCGGCCCUGUGGAGUCUCGGCCCCAGAGGGGGCCCUGGGAGGUGAGUGGAGGCUUUGUGCCCUCUCCAGCUGCCUCGUUGCAGAGGAGGGAACAGGCCCAGAGAAGGCAGGGCGUGUGCAAGGACACACACCCGGGGGUCCAGUGCCCUCAGGACCCAGGCCGUUGGGGGGCUGCACGUGGUGGGGACGAGGAGGAGAGUGGGCCAGGUCUGCUGGAGGAGAGGGCGGUGGAGGAGACGGAGGGGCAGCCGAGGCCGGUGAGGAAGGACGGGGAGCAGAGACACCGGGCCCUGGCCACCCUGUUUGGGGCAGGGAGGCCAGCGCCACCCUGGGCGCACCCAGGUCCUGCCCUGCGCAGGCUUCUCUGGCACCAGGUGGGGCCAGUGUCAGGACCCGAGCUGUGCCCACGGCCGGUGCCCGCCGCAGCGCGGUGUCUCCAGUGCCCAGCCAGGACGGGCCCCCACGUCGUGGGGCUGCCACAGGGUCGCUGGGCACUGCCUGCCAGCCCUGCAGCCCCUCUCUCUGCCCAUCAGGCAUGAUGUCCCAGGGCCAGAGGCCCGUCACGCCCAUCCCUGACGUCCAGACGGCCAAAGGGGGAGCUCUGGCCGCCAGCGCCAAGAAAAAGCAUGGCAGCACCCCCCCAGGUGACAACAAGGACGUGGAGGACAGCAGCGUGAUUCACUAUGACGAUGCGGCCAUCUCCAAGCUGCUGGACAGGAACCAGGACGCCACGGACGACACGGAGCUGCAGAACAUGAACGAGUACCUGAGCUCCUUCAAGGUGGCCCAGUACGUGGUGCGCGAAGAGGACGGCGUGGAGGAAGUGGAGCGGGAGAUCAUCAAGCAGGAGGAGAAUGUGGACCCUGACUACUGGGAGAAGCUGCUCCGGCACCACUACGAGCAGCAACAGGAGGACCUGGCCCGGAACCUGGGCAAGGGCAAGCGCGUCCGCAAGCAGGUCAACUACAACGACGCCUCCCAGGAGGACCAGGAGUGGCAGGACGAGCUGUCAGACAACCAGUCCGAAUACUCCAUCGGCUCCGAGGACGAGGACGAGGACUUCGAGGAGAGGCCAGAAGGGCAGAGUGGACGGCGGCAGUCCCGGAGACAGCUGAAGAGCGACAGGGACAAGCCUCUGCCCCCUCUUCUUGCCCGUGUCGGCGGCAACAUCGAGGUGCUGGGCUUCAACGCCCGACAGCGGAAGGCGUUUCUGAAUGCCAUCAUGCGCUGGGGCAUGCCCCCCCAGGACGCCUUCAACUCCCACUGGCUGGUGCGCGACCUUCGUGGGAAGAGCGAGAAGGAGUUCAGAGCCUAUGUGUCCCUCUUCAUGCGGCACCUGUGUGAGCCGGGGGCUGACGGCGCGGAGACCUUUGCGGACGGCGUCCCCCGCGAGGGCCUCUCCAGGCAGCACGUGCUCACGCGCAUCGGGGUCAUGUCUCUGGUUAGGAAGAAGGUCCAGGAGUUUGAGCACGUCAACGGGAAGUACAGCACCCCCGACUUGAUCCCCGAGGGGCCCGAGGGCAAGAAGCCGGGCGAGGUCCUCUCCUCAGACCCCAACACGCCGGUGCCCGCCAGCCCCGCCCACCUCCCACCCGCCCCGCUGAGCCUGCCAGACAAAAUGGAAGCCCAGCUGGGAUUCAUGGAUGAGAAGGACCUGGGGGUGCAGAAGCCAAAGAAGCCGCCGGAAAUCCAGGCCCUGCCAGCUUCCCUGGACAGAGUGGAGGGCGAGGACAAGCUCGAGAGCUCAGACGGCAAGGAGAGAGCCCGGGAGGAGACGGAGAAGGCCCAGCCGUCCCCAGAGCCGCUGCUGAAAGAAGAGGUGCUUCCGGAGAAGGAGAAGGUGCUGGACAAGCUGGAGCCCAGCUCGCUGCACAGCCGGGGGGACGGCGGCGACUUCAGGCCAGAUGACUCCAAAGCUGAGGAGAAGGAGUCCAGUGAGACACAGCAGAAUGGUGACAAAGACGAAGAUGAGGACGGGAGGAAGGAGGACAGGAGCGGGACGCUCAAGUUCAUGUUCAACAUUGCAGAUGGGGGCUUCACAGAGCUGCACACACUAUGGCAGAAUGAGGAGCGUGCUGCUGUGUCCUCGGGGAAAAUCUAUGACAUCUGGCACCGACGCCAUGACUACUGGCUACUGGCAGGCAUCGUGACGCAUGGCUACGCCCGCUGGCAGGACAUCCAGAAUGACCCGAGGUACGUGAUCCUCAAUGAGCCCUUUAAAUCUGAGGCUCACAAAGGCAACUACCUGGAGAUGAAGAACAAGUUCCUGGCUCGCAGGUUCAAGCUGCUGGAGCAGGCGCUGGUCAUCGAGGAGCAGCUCCGGAGGGCGGCGUACCUCAACAUGACCCAGGACCCUAACCACCCUGCCAUGGCCCUCAAUGCCCGCCUGGCCGAGGUGGAGUGCCUGGCUGAGAGCCACCAGCACCUGUCCAGGGAGUCCCUGGCCGGGAACAAGCCGGCCAAUGCUGUCCUGCACAAGGGUGCGUGA